AUGGACAUUUUGCCCGGCGAACUUUUAAGACAAAUAGUCAGUUUAUGUGACUUUGGAUCGAUAAUCCGGCUUAGACAGAUUAGCCGCCGGCUUCAAUAUUGCGCUAAUGAGGUCCUAUUUGAACAAGGAAAAGCUUCGAUUGGAAAUGAACUGCUCAAGGACCAUGAAUCCGGGUGUUUUGUUGGGCGUGAAAAGUUGCGCAUGGGCAAAAUGACGUCUUUUUUGCGGGCUUAUAUGCACAAUUUACAAGUUUUGCGACUAGCUGAUGCUGAUUGUACAUUAACAUUAACAAACGUUUGUCAGUUAUCACAAGCGGUUCCCAACCUUGCCUGCCUGGAGAUCAUCAUCUCAGGGCAGUUGGCCUUGGAGCCGGAUGCGUUGAGAGGGUUGGCAAUGUUCAGAAAUCUGAAAGAAUUACGGAUAAGCGACUGGAGCCCAAGAAUGGUUAUUAGGAAAGGCGGCUGUUAUCGACAAGAAUCUCUCCCGCCGAUGCCCAAAUUGGAAACGUUAAUUUUGGAGAGCUCCCGUGACAGCGUCACAAAGAUUCUCACCCAAAUGAGGGCUGAAGGGAUAUGCUUGCCCGAAUUACGGAACAUUGAGAUAUCCGAUGGCCUAAGCUGCCCACAAAUGCCAACACUGAUCCCAUGGGUCCUCGGAACUCACCGUAAGCUGCAGAGCAUCAAGAUGGAAAACCUACUAUUCUCUAGCCACCAUGACCUCCGGGAAUUCAUAACCGCGAUACUUACUCACCCACGUCUUCAGACGAUCACCCUUCAUCAAUGCAACAUUGUCGAAUUUCUACACCCACACGACUGGAAUAGGUUCACGCAAGAAUGUAAAUUGAGAGAAAUCAAGGUUAUUGGUGCCAUUAGCUCGCUACGAUAUUUGCCGUUACCC